GGGGCCCGGCCACUCGGAGCAGCUCUGCCGCGGGGACUGCACCGCCCGCCCUGCCGGACCCGCCCCGACCGGGGCUCGCAGCAGUCAGCAGCCACAGCACCGCGACCUCGGGGCUCCGCGCUGGCUAUGGCUGUGCCCCGGGGCUAAGCGCGCAGGCUGCGUGACCGAGAUUCCCGAGGAGAAAGACUAAGGGGAAGAAAGGAAGGAGGGGCGGGCUCCUGGCAAGGCAUUUGCUCCUGAACUGAAUCCUGCAAAGAUGGAGAAGGAGGAGGAGACCACCCGGGAGCUGCUGCUGCCCAACUGGCAGGGCAGUGGCUCUCAUGGGCUGACCAUUGCCCAACGAGAUGACGGUGUCUUUGUGCAGGAGGUGAUGCAGAACUCCCCUGCGGCCCGCACCGGGGUGGUCAAGGAGGGGGACCAGAUUGUGGGUGCCACCAUCUACUUUGACAACCUGCAGUCAGGCGAGGUGACCCAGCUGCUGAAUACCAUGGGGCAUCACACCGUCGGCCUGAAGCUGCACCGCAAGGGGGAUCGCUCCCCGGAGCCAGGCCAGGCCUGGACCCAUGAAGUCUUCAGCUCCCGCAGCACUGAGCUGGUUCUGAGCGGGGAUGAUGAGGAGUACCAGCGCAUCUACACCACGAAAAUCAAGCCUCGGCUGAAGUCGGAGGAUGGCGUCGAAGGGGACCUUGGGGAGACCCAGAGCCGCACCAUCACAGUGACCAGAAGGGUCACAGCCUACACUGUGGAUGUGACCGGCCGGGAAGGAGCCAAAGACAUCGACAUCAGCAGCCCUGAAUUCAUGAUCAAGAUUCCAAGGCAUGAAGUGACUGAAAUCUCCAACGUGGAUGUGGAGACCCAGCCUGGAAAGACAGUGAUUCGACUGCCCUCGGGCUCAGGGGUCUCUCCAACCACAGGCGCUGCCGUCGACAUCCGGGCAGGGGCCAUUUCUGCUUCAGGACCAGAGCUUCAGGGUGCUGGCCACUCAAAACUCCAGGUCACUGUGCCUGGUAUAAAGGUGGGAAGCACCGGUGUCAGUGUCGGUGCCAAGGGCCCAGGCUUGGGUGGCAAAGGCGGGGUCCAAGUUCCAGGAGUGGAUAUUUCAUCUUCUGUUGAGGGUGGGGCAGCAGAGGUGCAGGGCCCAUCCCUCCAGAGCUGCGAAAAUGGAAAAAUUAAAAUUCCUACCAUGAAGAUGCCAAAAUUUGGUGUGUCUACAGGGCCCGAUGGCCAGGCACCAGAGGUAGGGUUGAAUGUUUCUGCGCCUGAAUUUUCUGUGGGGCAUAAAGGCAGCAAGCCCGGCUUGACCAUUGGUGGGACUGUCCAGGCCCCUCAUCUGGAAGUCAGUGCCCCCUCUGCCAAUAUUGAAGGGCUUGAUGGGAAGCUGAAAGGUUCCCAGAUCACUGGGCCAUCACUUGAGGGUGACUUAGGCCUGAAAGGUUCCAAACCACUGGGGAGCAUAGGAAUAGACGCCUCUGCUCCCAGAAUUGAGGGAAGCUUCACUGGCCCCAGUGUGGAACUUCGAGCCCCUGAUGUUGAUAUUCAUGGGCCUGGGGGCAAAGUGAAUGUGCCCAAGAUGGAAGUCCCUAAAUUCUCUGCAUCAGGUUCAAAGGGAGAGGGAGCUGGCAUUGAGGUGACACUGCCUGCAGGUGAAGUGACUCUCCCUGGGGCCUCUGGGGAUGUGAGCCUACCUGAGAUCGCUACUGGUGGGCUGGAAGGGAAGAUGAAGGGUGCUAAAGUCAAGACUCCUGAAAUGAUUAUUCAGAAACCUAAAAUCUCAAUGCAGGAUGUGGAUCUGAGCCUUGGGUCCCCUAAACUAAAAGGAAACAUUAAGGUUUCUGCUCCUGAGGUGAAAGGUGACGUUAAAGGCCCUCAAGUGGCAGUUAAAGGCUCCAAAGUGGAUCUAGAGACACCGAACUUAGAGGGGACCUUGACAGGCCCCAAGCUUGGCAGUCCUUCUGGGAAAACAGGAACCUGUAGGAUCUCUAUGGCAGAUGUGGACUUAAAUGUGGCUGCACCUAAAGGGAAAGGAGGUGUAGAUGUCAUACUCCCAAAAGUAGAAGGGAAAGUCGGAGUCCCUGAAAUUGAUGUCAAAGGCCCCAAAGUGGAUGCCAGUGCCCCAGAUGUGGAAGUUCAUGGAAACCUGAAAAUGCCCAAGAUGAAAAUGCCCAAGUUCAGCACUCCAGGAGUCAAAGGGGAAGGCCCAGAUGUAGAAAUGACUCUACCCAAAGGAGAUGUCAGUAUUUCAGGGCCCAAAGUCAAUGUGGAAGCUCCAGAUGUCAAGAUGGAGGGUCUCGGGGGCAAACUUAAAGGACCUGAUAUUAAGGUGCCUGAAGUGAGUGUCAAGACACCAACGAUCUCCAUGCCUGAUGUAGAUUUGCAUGUUAAAGGUACAAAGAUGAAGGGGGAGUAUGAUGUUACAGUUCCAAAGCUCGAAGGAGAACUGAAAGGCCCCAAAGUGAACAUCAAUGUCCCAGAUGUAGAAGCUCAUGGCCCAGACUGGCACCUGAAGAUGCCCAAGAUGAAAAUGCCCAAGUUUAACGUGCCAGGACUCAAAGCAGAGGGUGCAGAAGUGGACGUAAAUUUGCCAAAGGCUGACGUAGACAUUUCUGGGUCCAAAGUAGAGAUUAGUGCUCCAGAUGUAGGCAUUGAGGGGCCAGAAGGGAAGUUGAAAGGGCCUAAGUUUAAAAUGCCUGAAAUGAACAUCAAGGCCCCAAAGAUCUCCAUGCCAGAUGUGGACUUAGAACUGAAAGGCCCUAAUGUGAAAGGAGAGUAUAAUGUCACGGUGCCGAAGGUUGAAGGUGAGAUUAAAGUUCCCGAUAUUGAACUUAAAAGUGCCAAAGUGGACAUUGAUAUUCCAGAUGUGGAUGCUCGUGGCCCAGACUGGCACCUGAAGAUGCCCAAAAUGAAAAUGCCCAAGUUCAGCAUGCCAGGCUUCAAAGGAGACGGCCCAGAGGUGGAUGUGAACCUGCCUAAGACCAACAUCGAAGUCUCAGGACCCAAGGUGGAUGUUGAAGUUCCAGAUGUGAAUAUUGAAGGACCUGAAGGUAAUCUGAAGGGUCCCAAGAUUAAGAUGCCAGAGAUGAAUAUCAAGGCCCCCAAGAUCUCUAUGCCUGAUGUGGAUUUGCAUAUGAAAGGUCCCAAGGUAAAGGGAGAAUAUGAUGUUACAGUGCCAAAGAUAGAAGGGGACCUGAAAGGUCCGAAAAUAGAUGUCAGUGCCCCAGAUGUUGAUGUUCAUGGUCCUGACUGGAACCUGAAAAUGCCAAAGAUUAAAAUGCCCAAAUUUAGCAUGCCGAGCCUUAAAGGAGAGGGCCCAGAAUUGGAUGUGAACCUUCCCAAGGCAGAUGUGGACAUUUCUGCACCAAAGAUAGAUAUUAGUGCUCCAGAUGUGAGCCUUGAAGGACCAGAAGGGAAGUUGAAAGGCCCCAAGUUUAAGAUGCCUGAGAUGCACUUCAAAGCUCCAAAGAUGUCUUUGCCAGAUGUUGACCUGGAUCUCAAAGGAUCAAAAAUGAAAGGAAAUCUAGAUAUAUCUGCUCCCAAAAUAGAGGGUGAUAUCAAAGGUCCCCAGCUAGAUGUAAAAGCACCAGAUGUGGAAGUUCAAGGUCCAGACUGGAGCCUGAAGAUGCCCAAGAUGAAAAUGCCCAAGUUCAGCAUGCCCAGUCUCAAAGGUGAGGGUCCAGAUGUGGACGUGAACCUGCCCAAGACUGACAUUGAUGUUUCAGGACCAAAAGUUGACAUUGAAACUCCAGAUGUGAGCCUUGAGGGUCCAGAAGGGAAGUUAAAGGGCCCCAAGUUUAAGAUGCCUGAGAUGCACUUCAAGGCCCCCAAGAUCUCCAUGCCUGAUGUGGACUUACACUUAAAAGACCCCAAAGUCAAAGGGGAUGUGGAUGUGACUGUGCCCAAGAUAGAAGGUGAAAUGAAAGUGCCAGAUGUGGACAUCAAAGGGCCCAAAGUGGACAUCGAUGCUCCAGAUGUGGAUGUUCAUGGCCCAGACUGGCACCUGAAGAUGCCCAAGAUGAAAAUGCCCAAGUUCAGCAUGCCUGGCAUUAAAGCAGAGAGCCCAGAGGUGGAUGUGAAGCUGCCCAAGGCCGACAUUGACAUUGCUGGACCCAAAGUUGAUAUUGAAACCCCAGAUGUGAGUCUUGAAGGUCCAGAAGGGAAGCUGAAAGGCCCCAAGUUUAAGAUGCCUGAGAUGCACUUCAAGGCUCCCAAGAUCUCCAUGCCUGAUGUGGACUUGAAUGUUAAGGGGCCAAAAGUAAAGGGAGAUGUGGAUGUUUCCUUGCCCGAGGUAGAAGGUGAAAUAAAAGUGCCAGAUGUUAACAUUAAAGGUCCCAAAGUUGGCAUUGAUGCUCCAGAUGUGGAUGUCCAUGGCCCAGACUGGCACCUAAAGAUGCCCAAGGUGAAAAUGCCCAAGUUCAGCAUGCCUGGCUUCAAAGGAGAGGGCCCAGAGGUGGAUGUGAACCUACCCAAGGCCAACAUCGAUGUCUCAGGACCCAAGGUGGAUGUUGAAGUUCCAGAUGUGAAUAUUGAAGGUCCAGAUGCAAAACUCAAAGGUCCCAAAUUUAAACUGCCAGAAAUGAACAUAAAGCCUCAGAAGAUAUCCAUGCCAGAUGUUGGUUUGCAUUUAAAAGGUCCUAAAGUGAAAGGAGAUUAUGAUGUUACAGCUCCCAAAAUAGAAGGAGAGAUCAAAGCUCCUUCUGUUGACAUGAAAGGCCCCAAAAUGGACAUUAAUGCACCAGAUGUGGAAGUUCAUGGACCAGACUGGCAUCUGAAGAUGCCCAAGGUGAAAAUGCCCAAGUUCAGCAUGCCUGGCUUCAAAGGAGAGGGUCCCGAAGUGGAUGUGAACCUGCCUAAGGCCGACAUUGAUGUGUCAGGGCCCAAGGUGGACAUUGAAGCUCCAGAUGUGAAUAUUGAAGCUCCAGAGGGGAAACUAAAGGGCCCCAAGUUCAAAAUGCCAAGUAUGAAUAUACAGACCCACAAAAUCUCUAUGCCUGAUGUUGGACUUAAUCUGAAAGCUCCUAAACUGAAAACUGAUGUAGAUGUUUCCCUUCCCAAAGUGGAGGGAGACUUGAAAGGUCCUGAAGUUGAUGUGAAAGCCCCUAAGGUGGAUGUGGAUGUUGGUGAUAUUGAUAUUGAAUGCCCAGAAGGAAAAUUGAAAGGCCCCAAGUUUAAGAUGCCUGAGAUGCACUUCAAGGCCCCCAAGAUCUCCAUGCCUGAUGUGGACUUACACUUAAAAGGUCCCAAAGUCAAAGGGGAUGUGGAUGUGACUGUGCCCAAGAUAGAAGGUGAAAUGAAAGUGCCAGAUGUGGACAUCAAAGGGCCCAAAGUGGACAUCGAUGCUCCAGAUGUGGAUGUUCAUGGCCCAGACUGGCACCUGAAGAUGCCCAAGAUGAAAAUGCCCAAGUUCAGCAUGCCUGGCAUUAAAGCAGAGAGCCCAGAGGUGGAUGUGAAGCUGCCCAAGGCUGACAUUAAUGUGUCUGGACCCAACUUGGAUAUUGAUGCUCCUGAUUUGGAUAUUGAAGGACCAGAAGGAAAAUUGAAAGGCUCCAAAUUUAAGAUGCCUAAGUUGAAUAUCAAAGCUCCCAAGCUAUCUAUGCCAGAUGUGGACUUAAAUUUGAAGGGACCCAAACUGAAAGGAGAGAUAGAUGCUUCUGUGCCAGAACUGGAAGGUGAUCUCAGAGGUCCACAAAUUGAUAUUAAGGGUCCUAGUGUGGAUGUGGAGGUACCUGAUGUUGAUUUGGAAUGUCCCGAUGCAAAGUUGAAAGGCCCCAAGUUUAAGAUGCCAGACAUGCACUUCAAGGCCCCCAAGAUCUCCAUGCCCGAUGUGGACCUACACUUGAAAGGACCCAAAGUCAAGGGUGAUGUGGAUGUUUCUGUUCCAAAAUUAGAAGGAGAUUUGAAAGGUCCUAGUGUGGAUGUGGAAGUGCCUGAUGUUGAUUUGGAAUGUCCUGAUGCAAAGUUGAAAGGCCCCAAGUUUAAGAUGCCUGAGAUGCACUUCAAGGCCCCCAAGAUCUCCAUGCCUGAUGUGGACUUACACUUGAAGGGCCCCAAAGUCAAAGGGGAUAUGGAUGUGACUGUGCCCAAGAUAGAAGGUGAAAUGAAAGUGCCAGAUGUGGACCUUAAAGGCCCUAAAGUUGACAUCAGUGUCCCAGAUGUGGAAACUCAUGGCCCAGACUGGCACCUAAAGAUGCCCAAAAUGAAAAUGCCCAAGUUCAGUAUGCCUGGCUUCAAAGCAGAAGGCCCAGAGGUGGAUGUGAACCUGCCUAAGGCUGACAUUGAUGUGUCAGGACCCAAGAUGGACAUUGAUGCACCAGAUGUGAGCCUUGAAGGUCCAGAAGGGAAGCUAAAGGGUCCCAAGUUUAAGAUGCCAGACAUGCACUUCAAGGCCCCCAAGAUCUCCAUGCCCGAUGUGGACCUACACUUGAAAGGACCCAAAGUCAAGGGUGAUGUAGAUGUUUCUGUGCCAAAAUUAGAAGGAGAUUUGAAAGGUCCUAGUGUGGAUGUGGAAGUGCCUGAUGUUGAUUUGGAAUGUCCCGAUGCAAAGUUGAAAGGCCCCAAGUUUAAGAUGCCUGAGAUGCACUUCAAGGCCCCCAAGAUCUCCAUGCCUGAUGUGGACUUACACUUGAAGGGCCCCAAAGUCAAAGGGGAUAUGGAUGUGACUGUGCCCAAGAUAGAAGGUGAAAUGAAAGUGCCAGAUGUGGACCUUAAAGGCCCUAAAGUUGACAUCAGUGUCCCAGAUGUGGAAGCUCAUGGCCCAGACUGGCACCUAAAGAUGCCCAAAAUGAAAAUGCCCAAGUUCAGUAUGCCUGGCUUCAAAGCAGAAGGCCCAGAGGUGGAUGUGAACUUGCCUAAGGCUGACAUUGAUGUGUCAGGACCCAAGAUGGACAUUGAUGCUCCAGAUGUGAGCCUUGAAGGUCCAGAAGGGAAGCUGAAGGGUCCCAAGUUUAAGAUGCCCGAGAUGCACUUUCAUGCCCCUAAGAUCUCCAUGCCUGAUGUGGACUUCAACUUAAAGGGGCCUAAAGUCAAAGGAGACAUUGAUGUUUCUGUUCCAAAGCUUGAGGGGGAGUUAAAGGGUCCUGAACUGGAUGUCAAGGGCCCCAAAUUGGAUGCUGAUCUCCCAGAAGUCUCUGUGGAAGGCCCAGAUGGUAAAUGGAAAAGUCCUAAAUUCAAGAUGCCAGACAUGCACUUUAAAACUCCUAAGAUUUCCAUGCCAGACAUUGAUCUACAUUUAAAGAGUCCCAAGGUAAAGGGAGAGGUGGAUAUAGAUGUUCCAAAAUUGGAAGGAGACCUCAAAGGGCCACAUAUGAAUAUCAGUGGACCAGAAGUUGAUAUUGAAGGACCAGAGGGGAAAUUGAAGGGCCCUAAGUUCAAGAUGCCUGAUAUGCACUUCAAAGCCCCCAGUAUUUCUAUGCCUGAUGUUGAUCUAAAUCUGAAAGGACCCAAAAUAAAGGGAGAUGUGGAUGUGUCUGUACCUGAAGUAGAAGGUAAAAUUAAAGUACCAGAUGUGAAUAUCAAGGGCCCCAAAGUAGAUGUUAAUGCUCCUGAUGUUCAUGGCCCAGAUUGGCACCUGAAGAUGCCCAAGAUGAAAAUGCCCAAGUUCAGCAUGCCUGGCUUCAAGGGAGAGGGCCCCGAGGUGGAUGUGAACCUGCCCAAGGCUGACAUUGAUGUCUCAGGGCCCAAGGUGGACAUCGAAGGUCCUGAUGUUAACAUUGAAGGACCAGAAGGAAAGUUGAAAGGUCCUAAGUUCAAGAUGCCAGAGAUGAACAUCAAAGCCCCCAAAAUAUCUAUGCCUGACUUUGAUUUGCAUCUGAAGGGUCCUAAGAUGAAGGGUGAUGUGGACGUUUCUCUGCCUAAAGUGGAAGGUGACUUGAAGGGUCCUGAAGUUGACAUCAAAGGCCCCAAAGUGGACAUUGAUGCUCCUGAUGUGGAUGUGCAAGGUCCAGACUGGCACCUGAAGAUGCCCAAGGUGAAAAUGCCCAAGUUCAGCAUGCCUGGCUUCAAAGGAGAGGGUCCCGAAGUGGAUGUGAACCUGCCCAAGGCUGACAUUGAUGUGUCAGGGCCCAAGGUGGACAUCGAAGGUCCUGAUGUUAACAUUGAAGGACCAGAAGGAAAGUUGAAAGGUCCCAAGUUCAAGAUGCCAGAGAUGAACAUCAAAGCCCCCAAGAUCUCCAUGCCUGACAUUGACCUUAACCUGAAAGGCCCCAAAGUGAAGGGUGAUGUGGAUGUUUCUCUGCCUAAAGUGGAAGGUGAGAUUAAAGUUCCUGAAGUGGAUAUUAAAGGCCCCAAAGUGGAUGUCGAUGUUCCAGAUGUGGAUGUUCAUGGCCCAGACUGGCACCUGAAGAUGCCCAAGAUAAAAAUGCCCAAGUUCAGCAUGCCUGGCUUCAAAGGAGAAGGACCAGAGGUUGAUGUGAACUUGCCCAAAGCUGACAUUGAUGUGUCAGGACCCAAGGUGGACAUCGAAGGUCCUGAUGUUAACAUUGAAGGACCAGAAGGAAAGUUGAAAGGUCCUAAGUUCAAGAUGCCAGAGAUGAACAUCAAAGCCCCCAAGAUUUCUAUGCCUGACUUUGAUUUGCACAUGAAAGGUCCAAAGGUGAAAGGAGAUGUGGACGUUUCUCUGCCCAAAGUAGAAGGUGACCUGAAGGGUCCUGAAGUUGACAUCAAAGGCCCCAAAGUGGAUGUUGAUACUCCAGAUGUGGAUGUUCAUGGCCCAGACUGGCACCUGAAGAUGCCCAAGGUAAAAAUGCCCAAGUUCAGCAUGCCUGGCUUCAAAGGAGAAGGACCAGAGGUUGAUGUGAACUUGCCCAAAGCUGACAUUGAUGUGUCAGGACCCAAGGUGGACAUCGAAGGUCCUGAUGUUAACAUUGAAGGACCAGAAGGAAAGUUGAAAGGUCCCAAGUUCAAGAUGCCAGAGAUGAACAUCAAAGCCCCCAAGAUUUCUAUGCCUGACUUUGAUUUGCACAUGAAAGGUCCAAAGGUGAAAGGAGAUGUGGACAUUUCUCUGCCCAAAGUAGAAGGUGACCUGAAGGGUCCUGAAGUUGACAUCAAAGGCCCCAAAGUGGACAUUGAUGCUCCUGAUGUGGAUGUACAAGGCCCAGACUGGCACCUAAAGAUGCCCAAGGUGAAAAUGCCCAAGUUCAGCAUGCCUGGCUUCAAAGGAGAGGGUCCCGAAGUGGAUGUGAACCUGCCCAAGGCUGACAUUGAUGUGUCAGGGCCCAAGGUGGACAUCGAAGGUCCUGAUGUUAACAUUGAAGGACCAGAAGGAAAGUUGAAAGGUCCCAAGUUCAAGAUGCCAGAGAUGAAUAUCAAAGCCCCCAAGAUCUCCAUGCCUGACAUUGACCUUAACCUGAAAGGCCCCAAAGUGAAGGGUGAUGUGGAUGUUUCUCUGCCUAAAGUGGAAGGUGAGAUUAAAGUUCCUGAAGUGGAUAUUAAAGGCCCCAAAGUGGAUGUCGAUAUUCCAGAUGUGGAUGUUCAUGGCCCAGACUGGCACCUGAAGAUGCCCAAGAUAAAAAUGCCCAAGUUCAGCAUGCCUGGCUUCAAAGGAGAAGGACCAGAGGUUGAUGUGAACUUGCCCAAAGCUGACAUUGAUGUGUCAGGACCCAAGGUGGACAUCGAAGGUCCUGAUGUUAACAUUGAAGGACCAGAAGGAAAGUUGAAAGGUCCUAAGUUCAAGAUGCCAGAGAUGAACAUCAAAGCCCCCAAGAUUUCUAUGCCAGAUCUGGAUCUUAAUCUUAAAGGCCCUAAAGUGAAGGGAGAGGUGGAUGUUUCACUUCCAAAUGUAGAGGGUGAUUUGAAAGGUCCUACACUUGAUAUAACGGGCCCAAAGUUAGAUGUAGAUGUUCCAGAUAUUGACAUUCAUGGCCCAGAAGGCAAAUUAAAAGGUCCCAAACUGAAGAUGCCUGACAUGCAUGUAAACAUGCCCAAGAUCUCCAUGCCAGAAAUUGACUUGAAUUUGAAGGGGUCAAAGCUGAAGGGAGAUGUUGAUAUCUCUGGACCAAAACUGGAGGGUGACAUUAAAGCUCCCAAGUUGGAUGUGAAAGGCCCAGAAGUAGACAUUUCUGGUCCGAAGCUCAAUAUUGAAGGCAAAUCAAAGAAAUCUCGUUUUAAACUUCCCAAAUUUAAUUUUUCAGGCUCCAAAGUUCAGACACCUGAGGUGGAUGUCAAAGUUAAAAAGCCAGAUAUUGAUGUAACUGGCCCAAAAGUUGAUAUUAAUGCUCCUGACAUUGAGGUCCAAGGAAAGGUGAAAGGAUCCAAGUUUAAAAUGCCUUUCCUGAGUAUUUCAUCUCCCAAAGUUUCCAUGCCUGAUGUGGAGUUAAAUUUGAAAAGCCCUAAAGUCAAAGGAGAUUUAGAUGUUGCAGGUCCCAAUUUAGAAGGGGAAUUUAAAGGUCCAAAAGUGGAUAUUGAGGCACCAGAUGUCCAUCUUAAUGCACCUGAAGUGGAUGUUCAUGGUCCAGAUUGGAAUGUGAAAAUGCCCAAAAUGAAAAUGCCCAAGUUUAGUGUUCCUGGCUUAAAAGCAGAAGGCCUGGAUGGGGCUGUGGAUCUACCAAAAGGAGACAUCAACAUAGAAGGUCCCACUAUGUGUGUUGAGGGCCCAGAAGUCAAUGUGGAAGGUCCAGAGGGAGGCUUAAAAGGUCCCAAAUUCAAGAUGCCUGACAUGAACAUCAAAGCCCCCAAGAUCUCCAUGCCUGAUAUUGACUUAAGCCUGAAAGGCCCCAAAGUGAAGGGUGAUGUGGACGUUUCUCUGCCCAAAGUAGAAGGUGGCCUCAAGGGUCCUGAAGUUGACAUCAAAGGCCCCAAAGUGGACAUUGAUGCUCCAGAUGUGGAUGUACAAGGCCCAGACUGGCACUUGAAGAUGCCCAAGAUGAAAAUGCCCAAGUUCAGCAUGCCUGGCUUCAAAGGAGAGGGUCCCGAAGUGGAUGUGAACCUGCCCAAGGCUGACAUUGAUGUGUCAGGGCCCAAGGUGGACAUCGAGGUUCCAGAUGUGAACAUUGAAGGUCCAGAUGCCAAACUGAAGGGUCCUAAGUUCAAGAUGCCAGAGAUGAACAUCAAAGCCCCCAAGAUCUCCAUGCCUGACUUUGAUCUAAAUCUGAAGGGCCCCAAAAUGAAGGGUGAUGUGGAUGUUUCUCUGCCAAAAGUGGAAGGAGAUCUAAAGGGCCCAGAGGUAAACAUCAAGGGCCCCAAAGUGGACAUUGACACUCCUGAUAUUAAUAUAGAAGGCCCAGAUGGUAAAUUGAAGGGACCUAAAUUUAAGAUGCCAGAUAUGCAUUUAAAGGCUCCCAAAAUAUCUAUGCCUGACUUUGAUUUGAACAUGAAGGGCCCCAAGAUGAAGGGUGAUGUGGACGUUUCUCUGCCCAAGAUUGAAGGAGAUCUAAAAGGCCCAGAAGUUGAUAUCAAAGGUCCAAAAAUGGACAUCAAUGCCCCUGAUGUGGAUGUGCAAGGCCCAGACUGGCACCUGAAGAUGCCCAAGGUGAAAAUGCCCAAGUUCAGCAUGCCUGGCUUCAAAGGAGAGGGUCCCGAAGUGGAUGUGAACCUUCCCAAGGCCGACAUUGAUGUGUCAGGGCCCAAGGUGGACAUCGAAGGUCCUGAUGUUAACAUUGAAGGACCAGAAGGAAAGUUGAAAAGUCCCAAGUUCAAGAUGCCAGAGAUGAAUAUCAAAGCCCCCAAGAUCUCCAUGCCUGACAUUGACCUUAACCUGAAAGGCCCCAAAGUGAAGGGUGAUGUGGAUGUUUCACUGCCUAAAGUGGAAGGUGAGAUUAAAGUUCCUGAAGUGGAUAUUAAAGGCCCCAAAGUGGAUGUCGAUGUUCCAGAUGUGGAUGUUCAUGGCCCAGACUGGCACCUGAAGAUGCCCAAGAUAAAAAUGCCCAAGUUCAGCAUGCCUGGCUUCAAAGGAGAAGGACCAGAGGUUGAUGUGAACUUGCCCAAAGCUGACAUUGAUGUGUCAGGACCCAAGGUGGACAUCGAAGGUCCUGAUGUUAACAUUGAAGGACCAGAAGGAAAGUUGAAAGGUCCUAAGUUCAAGAUGCCAGAGAUGAACAUCAAAGCCCCCAAGAUUUCUAUGCCUGACUUUGAUUUGCACAUGAAAGGUCCAAAGGUGAAAGGAGAUAUGGACGUUUCUCUGCCCAAAGUAGAAGGUGACCUGAAGGGUCCUGAAGUUGACAUCAAAGGCCCCAAAGUGGACAUUGAUACUCCAGAUGUGGAUGUACAAGGCCCAGACUGGCACCUGAAGAUGCCCAAGGUGAAAAUGCCCAAGUUCAGCAUGCCUGGCUUCAAAGGAGAGGGUCCAGAGGUGGAUAUUAAUUUGCCUAAAGCUGACAUUGAUGUCUCAGGACCCAAGGUGGCGUUAGAUACUCCUGACGUUGACAUUCAUGGUCCAGAAGGGAAACUGAAGGGCCCAAAGUUUAAAAUGCCUGACCUGCAUCUCAAGGCACCCAAGGUCUCCAUGCCUGAAGUUGACCUGAAUCUGAAGGGUCCAAAGGUGAAGGGUGAUGUGGACAUUUCUCUGCCAAAGGUGGAAGGAGACCUCAAAGGCCCUGAAGUUGACAUCAAAGGCCCUAAAGUGGACAUCGGUGCCCCAGAUGUGGAUGUUCAUGGCCCAGACUGGCACCUGAAGAUGCCCAAGGUGAAAAUGCCCAAGUUCAGCAUGCCUGGCUUCAAAGGAGAGGGUCCCGAAGUGGAUGUGAACCUGCCCAAGGCCGACAUUGAUGUAUCAGGGCCCAAGGUGGACAUCGAGGUUCCAGAUGUGAACAUUGAAGGUCCAGAUGCCAAACUAAAGGGUCCCAAGUUCAAGAUGCCAGAGAUGAACAUCAAAGCCCCCAAGAUCUCCAUGCCUGAUAUUGACUUAAGCCUGAAAGGCCCCAAAGUGAAGGGUGAUGUGGACGUUUCUCUGCCCAAAGUAGAAGGUGGCCUCAAGGGUCCUGAAGUUGACAUCAAAGGCCCCAAAGUGGACAUUGAUGCUCCUGAUGUGGAUGUACAAGGCCCAGACUGGCACCUGAAGAUGCCCAAGGUGAAAAUGCCCAAGUUCAGCAUGCCUGGCUUCAAAGGAGAGGGUCCUGAAGUGGAUGUGAACCUGCCCAGGGCCGACAUUGAUGUGUCAGGGCCCAAGGUGGACAUCGAGGUUCCAGAUGUGAACAUUGAAGGUCCAGACACAAAGCUCAAAGGUCCCAAGUUCAAGAUGCCAGAGAUGAACAUCAAAGCCCCCAAGAUUUCCAUGCCUGACAUUGACCUUAACCUGAAAGGCCCCAAAGUGAAGGGUGAUAUGGAUGUUUCUCUACCCAAAGUUGAAGGUGAUCUCAAGGGCCCUGAAUUUGAUAUCAAGGGGCCCAGUGUGGACAUCAACACUUCUGAUGUCAACAUUGAAGGUCCAGAAGGAAAAUUAAAAGGUCCCAAGUUUAAGAUGCCAGAGAUGCAUAUCAAAGCCCCCAAGAUUUCCAUGCCUGACUUUGACUUGAAUCUCAAAGGGCCAAAGGUAAAAGGAGAUGUGGAUCUUUCACUGCCUAAGGUGGAAGGUGAUCUGAAAGGGCCGGAGGUGGAUAUUGAAGGCCCUGAAGGGAAAAUCAAAGGUCCCAAAUUUAAGAUGCCUGAUGUCCAUUUCAAAACCCCACAAAUCUCCAUGAGUGACAUUGAUUUGAACUUGAAAGGACCUAAGCUAAAAGGAGAUUUGGAUAUUUCCAUUCCUGCACCUGAAGGAGAUUUGAAGGGUCCCAAAGUGGAUGUCAAAGGCCCUAAGCUGGACAUAGAUACUCCUGACGUUGACAUUCAUGGUCCAGAAGGGAAACUGAAGGGCCCAAAGUUUAAAAUGCCUGACCUGCAUCUCAAGGCACCCAAGGUCUCCAUGCCUGAAGUUGACCUGAAUCUGAAGGGUCCAAAGGUGAAAGGUGAUGUGGACAUUUCUCUGCCAAAGGUGGAAGGAGACCUCAAAGGCCCUGAAGUUGACAUCAAAGGCCCUAAAGUGGACAUCGGUGCCCCAGAUGUGGAUGUUCAUGGCCCAGACUGGCACCUGAAGAUGCCCAAGGUGAAAAUGCCCAAGUUCAGCAUGCCUGGCUUCAAAGGAGAGGGUCCCGAAGUGGAUGUGAACCUGCCCAAGGCCGACAUUGAUGUAUCAGGGCCCAAGGUGGACAUCGAGGUUCCAGAUGUGAACAUUGAAGGUCCAGAUGCCAAACUAAAGGGUCCCAAGUUCAAGAUGCCAGAGAUGAACAUCAAAGCCCCCAAGAUCUCCAUGCCUGAUAUUGACUUAAGCCUGAAAGGCCCCAAAGUGAAGGGUGAUGUGGACGUUUCUCUGCCCAAAGUAGAAGGUGGCCUCAAGGGUCCUGAAGUUGACAUCAAAGGCCCCAAAGUGGACAUUGAUACUCCAGAUGUGGAUGUUCAUGGCCCAGACUGGCACUUGAAGAUGCCCAAGGUGAAAAUGCCCAAGUUCAGCAUGCCUGGCUUCAAAGGAGAGGGUCCCGAAGUGGAUGUGAACCUUCCCAAGGCUGACAUUGAUGUGUCAGGGCCCAAGGUGGACAUCGAGGUUCCAGAUGUGAACAUUGAAGGUCCAGACGCAAAACUGAAGGGUCCCAAAUUCAAGAUGCCUGAGAUAAAUAUCAAGGCUCCUAAGAUCUCUAUGCCUGAUGUUGACCUGGAUUUGAAAGGACCCAAAGUAAAAGGAGAUUUUGAUGUGUCUGUCCCUAAGAUUGAAGGUACUUUUAAAGGCCCAGAAGUAGACCUAAAAGGCCCUGAUGCGAAACUCAGUGGCCCUAACUUGAAGAUGCCAUCACUGGAUAUAUCUGCUCCUAAAGUGACUGUUCCUGAUAUUGAUUUGCAUCUUAAGACACCUAAAAUUGGAAUUUCUGGUCCCAAGCUAGAAGGUGGUGAUAUGGACCUCAAGGGGCCCAAAGUUGACUUGGAAGCUCCAAGCCUAGAUGUACACAUGGAGAGCUCAGAUAUUAACAUUGAGGGGCCAGAUGUUAAGGUUCCCAAGUUUAAGAAACCCAAGUUUGGAUUUGGGGCAAAAAGUCCUAAAGCUGACAUCAAGUCACCUUCACUUGAUGUGACUGUCCCUGAAGCAGAACUGAAUGUUGAAGCUCCUGAAAUUAGUGUUGGUGGCAAGGGCAAGAAAAGUAAAUUUAAAAUGCCUAAAAUUCACAUGAGCGGUCCUAAAGUUAAGGCCAAAAAGCAGGGAUUUGAUUUGAAUGUUCCUGGGGCCGAGAUUGAUGCCAGUCUCAAGGCUCCUGAUGUAGAUGUCAAUGUUGUGGGGCCAGAUGCUGGACUCAAAGUCGAUGUAAAAUCUCCCAAAACCAAGAAAACUAUGUUUGGAAAAAUGUACUUCCCAGAUGUAGAGUUUGACAUCAAAUCACCUAAAUUUAAAACGGAGGCCCCGCUCCCGAGCCCCAAGAUGGAGGGUGAAGUCCAGGCACCUGACCUAAAUAUUUCUUCAACAGGAAUUAAUGUGGAAGGUACCAAGUUCAAGGUGCCAGGUGUGGAUGUGUCAGGGCCAAAAAUAGAGGGCGACUUGAAAGGCCCCAGGGUACAGGCAAACUUAGGCACACCUGACAUCAACAUCGAAGGCCCAGACGCUAAAAUCAAAGCACCGUCUUUUGGCAUUUCUGCCCCUCAAGUCUCCAUGCCUGACGUGAAUGUUAACUUGAAAGGACCAAAGAUAAAAGCUGAUGUCCCCAGUGUGGGACUGGAAGGACCAGACGUAGAUCUGCAUGGUCCAGAAGCAAAAAUCAAGUUCCCCAAGUUUUCGAUGCCCAAGAUCGGUGUUCCUGGUGUGGCAGUGGAGGGUGGGGGAGCUGAGCUCAAUACCCAGCUUCCCUCCCUUGAGGGAGGCUUGAGCACACCAGAUGUUAAACUCGAAGGGCCUGAUGUUUCUCUGAAGGGGCCAGGAAUAGACUUGCCUUCACUGAACCUCUCUAUGCCAAAAGUCUCUGGGCCUGAUCUUGGCCUGAACUUGAAAGGACCAAGUCUGAAGGGAGACCUGGAUGCAUCAACCCCCAGCAUGAAGGUGCACGCCCCAGGGCUGGACCUCAGAGGUAUCAGCGGAAAGGUGCAGGUGGGAGGGGAUGGUAUGAAAGUGCCGGGGAUUGACGCCACAACAGCCCUUAAUGUUGGGGCACCAGAUGUGACACUGAAGGGACCAUGCCUACAGGGAGACCUGGGUGUCUCUGGUGACAUCAAGGGCCCUAAAAUAUCCGUAGGUGCUCCUGAUCUAAGCUUGGAGGCGCCUGAAGGUGGUAUUAAACUUCCCCAGAUGAAGCUGCCCCAGUUCGGCAUCUCCACUCCGGGGUCUGACUUGGACAUGAACAUCGAGGGGCCACAGGUUGCUGGAGAACUAAAGGGGCCAGGCAUGGAUGUGAACCUGAAAGGGCCUCAGAUCUCAGCACCAGGCAUGGACUUCAACUUGGAAGGACCAAAAGUGAAGGGGAGUCUCGGGGCCACUGGUGAGAGGAAAGGCCCCACAGUCGGAGGAAGUCUGGAAGGCGGUCUCCAAAUGCCUGGGAUUAAGACCUCUGGAUGCGAUGUGGACCUGCCAGGUGUGAAUGUGAAGCUCCCAACCGGGCAGGUUUCAGGUCCUGAAAUCAAAGGUGAUCUGAAAGGUUCAGGAGUGGGUUUGCAUGGCGCUGUUCCUGACGUCAGUAUAAAAGGACCUUCUUUUAAUAUGGCAUCUCCUGAGUCAGAUUUUGGUGUCAGCUUGAAGGGCCCCAAAAUCAAAGGAGGUCUGGAUGUUUCAGGUGGUGUCAGUGCCCCAGAUAUCAGCUUGGGCGAAGGGCAUAUGAGUGUCAAAGGUUCUGGGGUUGAGUGGAAAGGACCCCAAGCCUCCUCUGCUCUCAACCUGGAUACAUCUAAACUUGCUGGGGGCCUUCAUUUCUCAGGACCAAAGGUAGAAGGAGGAGUGAAAGGAGGUCAGAUUGGACUCCAGGGUCCUGGGCUGAGUGUGUGUGGGCCUCAAGGCCACUUGGAAAGUGGAUCUGGAAAAGUAACAUUCCCCAAGAUGAAGAUCCCCAAGUUUACCUUCUCUGGCCGUGAGCUGGUUGGCAGAGAAGUGGGGGUGGAUAUCAACUUCCCUAAAGCAGAAUCCAGUGUGCAGGCGUGUGCUGGAGAAGCCGACUGGGAAGAGUCUGAAGUAAAACUUAAGAAGUCCAAAAUCAAAAUGCCCAAGUUUAAUUUUUCCAAACCUAAAGGGAAAGGUGGCGUCACUGGCUCACCGGAAGCAUCCAUCUCUGGGUCCAAAGGUGACCUGAAAAGUUCCAAGGCCAGCCUGGGCUCUCUGGAAGGAGAGGCAGAGCCUGACACGUCUUCACCCAAAGGCAAAUUCUCCCUAUUUAAGAGUAAGAAGCCACGGCACCGCUCCAAUUCUUUCAGUGACGAAAGGGAGUUCUCCGCACCUUCCACCCCCACGGGGACUUUGGAGUUUGAAGGUGGAGAAAUGUCCCUGGAAGGUGGGAAAGUUAAAGGGAAACACGGGAAGCUGAAAUUCGGUACCUUUGGUGGAAUAGGGUCAAAGAGCAAAGGUCAUUAUGAGGUGACCGGGAGCGAUGAUGAGGCGGGCAAGUUACAGGGGAGUGGAGUGUCCCUGGCCUCUAAGAAGUCCCGACUGUCCUCUUCUUCUAGCAAUGACAGUGGGACUAAGGUUGGCAUCCAGCUUCCCGAGGUGGAGCUGGCGGUUUCCACCAAGAAAGAGUAAAGGGCCUUUGUAUGUGUGUACAUAUCUAUAUAUAAAUCCAUCAGCCUUGGGUGUGUUUGUAUAUAAACUGCCAAGAGAGACACCCCAACAGCCUCAGCAAUAAUGCAAAGAUCUUGCCUCUCCCAGUGGCAGGUGCUGAAAAACCAACCGCCUAUUGGCUUGGGGAACUCUACAGAAAGAGAGUUCCAAGUUCAUCCAGCCCGUGUGCAAAGUCAACAGUUAUUUGCCUGUAAGAGUUCUUUUUUUUUUUUUGCAUUGACCGCUGAGAGCUCCUGUUUACUAAAGCAAGCUUUUGUGUUUAUUAUCCUCGUUUUUACUGAACAUUGUUAGUGUUGGGGUCAUGGAAACCCACUUUUACAUUGUAAUGACUUUGGGGCUUUUGAUAGUGGGGGAGGGUGGGGUAAAGGCGGGGUGGGGUGGGGCGCAGAUCUGCAUUGCUUUGAAGAUGGGAGCUGUUCAAACAGCAGCUUCCAGACUCGGCCCAGAGGAGGCGGCCGCCAGUGUGGGUGUUUUUGGGGUCUCUGGCAUAGCUUUUUCCCCCAGGGGUGGCGGUCCCAGUGGGUUUGGUGCUCCAAGGUGAGGUGAGAAGGAAUUAGACACUGUUUGCAAAUUGUCCAGCCCACUGGCUCAACAGGAGGGACUUCCAUUCUGUGUUUUGUAAGAGAACUGUUUUAUUCGUGACUGCCAUGUUCCUGAUAAUAGUUCUGGUUUCUUUUUAACCGAUGUUAUCAUGAUUAAGACAAUUUCUGGCACUUUAAUGGCAAAUUAAUUGAGAAUGUAAGAAAAGUGAUGCUGUAUGAGGCAAAUAAAGCUGUUAUUAACCCUGA